AUGAUGAACGAGAGCGAGGAAGAUGAGAACAUCGCUCUCGCAGCGAAAGGACGAGCGGAGAUCGUCGAAGGAAAGUUCAGGGAACUGGGGAUCCCUCGCAAAUUCGACUACGAACGCGUCAAGGCCGCGAGAGCAUACCAAAUGGCGAGAUCACUGAUCCAUGAGGGUCGCGAUUCCGUUUCGACUGCAUGGUUCGCCUGGUAUAUUGAUUUCAAUGUGUGGAACUUCAUCCAUGAGAAGUUCGCCAAAAACGGCGACCACGAGACCUUCCCGUGGAUCGACUUCGAACCAGCCGUGAAGCCCAAGACCCCAGAAGACGCCUCCGCCUGGUUCGACGGCUUGAAGGACGCCAUCAAGCAAAAGUACGACCUUCCCGCCCUGGAGCGGAAGAAGUUGGGUCUCACCUUGAUGAGACCGGAGAAUUACCUUGUGCGUGACCACGACAAAGUCGCCGCGCGUUUGCGCGAAGACACGUGGAACAACGUCUUCCCCGGAAGAGUGCCUCCCCACGGCAUCGCCUUUGAAGUCAUCGUUCCCUCUGCCGUCAAGAUGUUCUCGGAUCUGAAGUGGGACGUAACCCGGGGAGCGCAUCAUAUCCCGGAUACAGUCAGCAUUUCCACGGUUGGGCGAGUACACCGCCGCGGCCACUUUGUUAUGGCCAUGGUUCUCGGUUAUAACCCUGGCGUCGUUGACGAACCGGAGAGCAGAUUGAUUCUGGCCAAGACGUACGACCUCAUCUUGAAAUGGGCCGUAACGAUCAUCAUCACCGGCAGAAGCAUGAAGCUCACCAAAGCUUUCAAGGGCUUCGACCUGCGGGAGCCUGGACUUGAUGCUGAUGGAGAGUAUGCGACCAUGGGAGGCAUGGGAGACGAGAUGGAGCUCACACGGGAGCAGCUCGCCCUCUGCGCUGAGGAGUUUGAUGUGGUGCCGUUGACUUCCAUCCCGGACUACACUGUGUUCCGGGUAAGCGAAUGGCUGCACCGGGAGGUUUGCCGCACAUCGGCAGAGGAUCGCUGCCGAUUGCUCCGGGAUUGGUGCCAGCUUGAGAAUGGCAAGUUCCACCAGAACCUCGAGGGGAUGACUCGAGAGGACCUCCAGAAGGCUUGUCAUGAAGCGUGGAUGGAGAAGACAAAUAACUGGAAGGAAACGCUUGACGUCACGGUGUGGUCGUGGACUGAGGAGGUUUACUGGGCGAAGAAGAUUGCGGAGCCGUUUGACUCUUGA